AUGCUGUAAACGCAGGAAAAGGUGAUUCGAAUUGUAAUUUAAUAAUUGUGGAAGGUAAAUCUGCAAAAAUGUUUGUUUUGUCUGGUUUAGAAGUAAUAGAUGAUCAAAUGGAAAAUUAUGGUAUUUAUCCUAUCCUUGGCAAAUUAUUAGAAAAGAAUCAGAGAAUCGGGUGA